AUGAAUCCUGCUCAAGAACAUAUUGCCUGGCUAAUAACAAAUGUGAUCAAUAAAGCAGAUUCAUCAAAUGCAAAAAGUAUUGCUAUUCUUGGAACACAACUUGAAACACUUGGGGGACUUUUGAGAGAUUUUUCGGAGGUAUUUUUUUUUAAAUCAAAUUUUGUGAAGCACAUAGAAACUCACCUACUCGAUCCAAAGAAUUCGCUAGCCGUUUCUUGAUUGAGAAAAAAACAAAAUGGAACAUAUUUUUAAAUUUUUUAAAUAAAAAACAAUUGAUAAGGUCACGUAAAAAUUGAGUAUUUUUCCGUUUUUCAAAAUUGUUAGUUCGUAAACCAAAUUUCUAAAAUGCCAUAUAAACUUUAUUAUCUUCGAAAUUUUUCUGAAAAAAUAAUUUCAGGUGACAUUAGAAGACGAAGAAAGUAUUAAAAGUGAUGUUCGAGCAGAAGUUGGAAAAUUAAAACUGGCACGAAAACGUGGAAAUUCGAAAAAAGGAACCGUGAGUUUAACUUGGAAGUGGGGAAUUGUUUAAAAAAUUAAAAUUAUCUUAGAUGUCGUCUUCAAGUUCUACAGAAGUACAACCGGCAUUCGUUUCUAGUGAUGUUCCAUCAACUGAAAGUGAACCAUUGGUUUACAUUUGGAAAUAUAAAGGAAUACCAUUAAAAGAUCGACCAUGCACAUUUUGUGAAGAAUAUAGUCAUAAAUCAGAGGAUUGUUAUAAUUAUCCAUCAUUUCAAGAUCGGUAUGAUAUUUUGAAUUAUCGUGGUUAUUGUACACGAUGCUGUACUCCUCAUCAAUCUUCAAAAUGUCCCGAAAUGCGACCAAAAUGUCAAAAUUGUCCAAGAGGAACUCAUUCAACAUGGCUCUGCCCAGCUAUACAGGGUGGCUGA